AUGGGGUAUCUGAAACAAAUUGAUAUUGAGAACUUCAAGUCAUGGCGAGGAAACCAAGUUAUCGGUCCUUUUAUGCGAUUUAAUUGUAUAAUUGGCACAAACGGCUCCGGUAAGUCCAAUGUGAUGGACGCCCUGAGCUUCGCCAUGGGGGAGCGGGUUGCUUCUCUCCGGGUGAAUCGCCUCAGGGACCUGAUUCACGGAGCCCACAUCGGGCGGCCGGUGCAGGACACCGCCCGUGUCGCCAUCCGGUACUGCGACGAUAACGAUCAGGAGACCAUCUUCUGCCGGAGCAUCAUUGGUGACUCCUCUGAGUUUCGCAUCAAUGGCAUACAUGUUACUCUGGCCAAAUAUAUAGAGGAGCUGAAGAAGAUUGGCAUUGUGACCAAAGCUCGAAACUGUCUGGUGUUCCAGGGGGCAGUGGAGUCCAUAGCUCUGAAGAACCCAAAGGAGAGGACCAAGAUGUUUGAGUACAUCAGUCAGUCAGAAGACUGUAUUGCAGAGUAUGAUAAGAAGAAAAAUGCCCUGCUGAAGGCCAAAGAGGACACACUGUUUCACUUCAACAAGAAGAAAUCUGCUACUAUCGAGAGGAAACAGGUGUCCCAGGAAAAAACAGAGGCCCAAAGGUACCAGGCGCUGGUGGACGAGCUCCACCAAAACCGUCUGCAGCUGAGCCUGGCUGAGCUCUACUAUAAUGAGAAGGGCAUCAGUGCUCUCAGUGACACCCUGAGGGAGAAACAGCAGGCGGCAGCUGCUAAGAACAAUAAAGUUGUGAACGCAGAGCACACGGUCAAAACCUAUAAGAAGGAACAUGGGCGCCUCUACAGAGAGCAGCAGCACAUAGAUAAGGAGAUCAGCGCCCAGGAGCAUUCCCUGUCCCAAUGUCAAUCCCUAUACAUCAAAGCCAAGGUAAACACCUCCCAUCACAUGCAGAGGGCUGAGGAGGUCCGUGAUGCCCUGAGGAAGGGUCAGAGGCUGAUGGCAGUUAAAGAGCAGGAGCUGGCAGAGGGGCAGCAGGAGAUCUCUGAACUGGAGAGGACCUGGAGGAACUAUGAGAGGCAGGUACAGGAGAGGGGAGCUUCCCUGGGGAGAGACAUCGAACUGGAUGAGGAUCAGGUGAGGCGAUACAACGAGCUGAAGGAGCUGGCCCGAAAACAGGGGAUGGUCCUCAGCCAGCAAGCAGAGAAACUGCAGUGGGAGGUGAGAUCAGACUACGAGAAGAUGGCUUUUGAUCAGCGCAGAAAAAAGGAAGUGGAGGUUGCCAUCAGGAACCACCGGACUCAGCUGGAAGAUUUGACACACAGAGCAGAGAAGCUAGAGGAGUACACCAGCACCUGCACGACCUCUAUCGAAGAGUACCGUCAGCGGGAAGAGAGCCUGAGUGCGGAGUUGCAGCGGGGCCGUCAGCGCACUGAGGAGGUGACCCAGGAACUAGGUCAGGUGCUGGAGGAGCUGAAGAAUGCCUGUAUGGACACUGAGGAGAGCAGUCGCCAGCUGCAGCGCAAAGCACUGCUCGAGAAGCUCCGCAGGCUCUACCCUGAAAGCGUGUUCGGUCGUCUCUCUGACUUGUGCAGCCCCAUUCAUAAGAAGUACCAGCUCGCUGUCACCAAGGCUUUUGGUCACAACAUGAACGCCAUUGUAGUGUCCUCAGAGAAAGUUGCCCGUGACUGUAUCAGGUUCAUGAAGGAGGAGCGAGCUGAGCGUGAGACUUUUCUGCCCAUUGACUACUUGGACGUAAGCCCUCUGAAUGAGCGACUAAGAGAGAUCCCCCACGCCAAGAUGGUGGUCGAUGUUGUGAAGAUUAGCACUGCCUCAGCUGCUGCUGCCCCCCUGAGAAAGGUGGUGCAGUUCGUAUGUGGCAAUGCAUUGGUGUGUGAGACCAUCAAGGAAGCAAAGAGUGUGGCCUUUGAUGGACCUGUGCGCCUUAAAACGGUAGCCCUGGAUGGGACAAUGUUUACAAAGUCGGGCUUGAUCUCUGGAGGCUCCAGUGACCUGCGGACCAAAGCUCGUUGCUGGGAUGAGAGGGAUAUGAUGAAGCUGAGGGAACGCAAGGACCAGCUGACAGCAGAGUUGCGCGAUUUGAUGAGGCUGAGGCGGAAAGACUCAGAGCUAAAUCAGAUCAUUGCUCAGGCUCAAGGCGCCCAGACCCGCCUCAAAUACUCCAAAGCUGAGCUGGAAAACCUUUGCAAGAAAAACAUCCUCAAAUGCCAAGUGGAGAUUUCACGUAUGAAGAGUGAAUUGGCAAACCUGGACUCUCAGAUCCAGAUGCAGCAGGAAUGUGUUGAGGCAAAGGAUUCAGAGAUAAGGGAGAUCAGAGACAGGAUCAACCAGAUGGAAGACAUGGUGUUUUCUGACUUCUGUGUUGAGAUCGGUGUGGACAGCAUCAGAGAGUUUGAGCGGGAGCACCUGAAACAGCAGACAGAGCUUGACAAGAAACGGCUGGAGUUUGAGAGUCAGAGCACUCGGCUGAAAGCGCAGCUGGAGUAUGAACAAGACCAACUGGAGCAGCAGAGGAAGAAGCUCCACAACAUGGAGAAAACGAUGGACAAGGAGGAGAGAAGCAUGGCUGAUCAGAGGAAGGAUGAAGAGAAGCUGCUGGCAGCGGUGGAGGAGGGUCAGAGCAAACUGCUGGAGCUGAAGAACCAGCUGCUAUCUAAGAAGAGCCAGGUGGCCGCUGCCAAAGCUGAGCUGGACCAGAAAACGAAGAGCCUGCACGAAAUCAACAAAGAGUUGGUGAAGCUUCAGCGGGAAGUGAUGUCUGCAGAGACAGCCGUGGAGCAGAAACGCUUGUUCAGACACAACCUGCUGCUGGCCUGUAAGAUCCAGAGUCUGCCCAUCACUCUGCUGUCAGGGAGCCUCCGUGAAAUCAGUGAAGUGGAGCUUGACACAGAAUCUGAAAGCACUUCAGCCACCGUGAACAUCUAUGAGAGAGAGGCACAAGUAGUCAUAGACUACUCUGACCUGGAUGCAGAACUCAGAAGUCUGCAGGGAGACGAGGAGAUUGAAGCCAACUUAGAGAGGCUGAAGGAGUCAGUCUCCUCCAUAGAGGGAGUUCUGCAUCGCACCACAGCCCCCAACCUGAAAGCUCUGGCGAAGAUGAGAGAGGUGAAGGUCAAGUUACAAGAAGUGACAGAGGCGCUUGAUGCCAGCACCAUGGAAUUAAGAAAAUGUGGUAAAGACUUCAACCAAGUCAAAGACCGUCGUUUACAACUCUUCCGCCAGUGCUUUGAACACGUGUCCCUCGUAAUUGAUCAGAUCUAUAAAAGAAUAUGUAGGAACAGCAGCGCCCAGGCCAUUCUGAGUGCAGAAAAUUCAGAGGAGCCGUACCUCGACGGCAUCAGCUAUCACUGUGUGGCUCCAGGGAAGCGCUUCAUGUCCAUGGACAAUCUGUCAGGUGGAGAAAAGGCCAUCGCUGCCCUCGCCCUGGUGUUUGCCAUCCACAGCUUCUGCCCUGCUCCGUUCUUGAUCAUGGACGAGGUGGAUGCAGCCCUGGACAACACUAACAUUGGCAAGGUGACCAGUUUCAUCAGAGAGGAGUCCAGGAGGAACAUGCAGAUUAUCGUCAUCUCCCUGAAGGAGGAGUUUUUCUGCAGGGCAGACGCUUUGCUGGGAGUCUACUCAGAUUUUAAUGAAUGCAUGUUCAGCGGCCUGCUGACCCUGGACCUGCAGCCCUAUCCUCUGGCUGAGGAGGACAGCGGGAGCCAGGCGGACUCAGCGAAGUCAGGAUUUGUGUAG